AUGACAGAAACAGAACACAGAUCACUACAUGUUCCUUCUCUAGAGGAGAUAUGUGAGGUCUUUAAAAGUGGAUUACAGAAGAAUUAUGCAGAAGUCAGUGUCUCAGUUGUGGAUUGUCCUGACCUUACACAGAGACCUUAUUGCUUUCCAGUGAAAGGACUGAGAGGAAAGUCUAGAAUAACAGAUGUAGGAAGUGGACGAAAUGUAAACAAUAAACGUCUAGAUAAGGUUUAUAACAUCAACACAGUGGCAAAUGAGAUCAAUCUUCCUGGUGCUUACUUCUUAGGUGCUGGAGCAGCUUCACGCAAGAGUUUGGGAAUGAAUGCUGAGAUGAUCUUCUCUGUGCAAGCCAAGACUGCCAACACACCAUCUGUAAACAGAAGUUACAUUGCUACGGUGAAUCCAUCAGAUGGUAGCUGUGAUAUAGACAGAUACAGGGACAAAAGCUGUGAUGAUGACUUCAUGUUCCUCUCCAACCUGUAUGCUUGUGAGGGAAAACCAGGAAAGGUUAUUGAGGUUAAUGUGAAGAGAAGAACAGGACAGGACAACUUUGUAAGCUGUAUGAGAAAAUCUCUGACAGACCAUUAUGGAGAAAAAGCUGUGGGGAUAGGAGGGACAUUUAUCAUACAGGAGGGAAAAGCAAAAAUCCAUCUCAUGCCCAGAGAAUUCCCUACCUAUCCAAUAAUCAGAAGUGAUGACGCGGACCGCUGGCUGAAGUUCUAUGAAAUGAAUGCACCUCUGAUUUGCCAAUCAGUAUUUGUGUCUCAUGAUCCCGGGCUUGACUUGCGCCUGGAGCACACCCACUGCUUCAGUUACCACCAGGAAGGAGGCCACUACUACACUGAUACAACUCCAGAAACAGUACAGUACCUUGGAUACUUCCAUCCCGCAGAACUUCUCUAUCGCAUUGACAGACCACCUGUUGGUCCUGUGACUGGAGAACAAUCAUGA